AUGACGUCGAUCCAUAAGCUUUCAAAAGAGGAAUCAAGCGCGUACUCUCAGGCAUAUAAGCCAGUGAAUCCUGCCUUUGACACAGGUACACCGAUUCAUUUCGAGAAGGUUAAAUUUAAACUGCAGACAGCGUACGUCAAUGCCUUCACGGUGGGAAAUCAAGUUCUCGUAUUCGGAGGGGGAGAAGCGGCUAGCUCAACACUUCAUGUUAUGAAUAACAUCGAUGUUGGUUUUAAGGCAAUCACCUUGCCCACAAGCCCGCGUACCCUACACGCAUCUUGUCUUUUUAAUGAGUAUUAUGUCGUGCAUGGAGGAACGUCGGCCGGCUUUAUCAACUUUAAGAAGGGGCUGUACCCUGGUUCCAGUCUACUUGUUAUCAACCCCACGACGGGGGCCGUGACCGAACACACGUUGGGUGGACAGGUGCCGACUCCUCGGGCAUCUCAUCGUAUAGCACAGUUGGACUCCUCCAACAUCAUUCUGGCAGGGGGAAUAGACGGUGAAGAGGCUUCACUAGGAGACACAUACAUAAUCAAUAUGGUGACGUUUCACUGCGUCAGAGUAUCUGACAUGCCUAUGCACAUGGUGGCAGGGGUGCUUGCUAACGUGGAAGGGCAGGUGAUUGCUUUCGGAGGGAGCACAACGCUGGGUAAUUUCAACAGAGACAUACUGCUCUUCAACAACGAAAGCGCCUCCUGGUCUCGCCUUUCCUUCAUACCUUUUGAACCACGCAAGUCUUCUGCGUACACAGUGUACAAUGGUAUCAUCUUCUGUUUUGGCGGUCGCAACGCCAUCAAGGAAUUCAGUAGUGUGUGGGCAUUUUCGCCUAGAUUGAUGGACUGGACGAGGAUGAACAUCGCCGGAAAGCUGCCAAAUCUCUUUGGAGCCAUCAUCUUCUUCUACCACGGGCAGCUCUUCGUCGCUGGGGGCUCUGCACGUCGCCCCAAGGCGUCGGAUGUAUAUCGGCUCGAUACACGUUCUCUCUUCGCUUCUCCUUAUUAG